UCUAUGAUCGUAGUGUAAAUCUCAAUAUAACUCUACGAACUACAAAGAUACUAUAAUAUAAGUUAUUUGUUAAUUUGUUUUACUGAAUUUAGGUUGGGUUGUAUUCAGCACUGAUGGGAGGGUUCAUAUACAUGACUUUCGGGACCGUUAAACAAGUUUCCAUGGGACCUACUUCUCUAAUGGCUUUACUCACUUACGAGUACACAAAAAAUUUGACUCCGGAAUAUGUGGUGCUUUUGACAUUCAUGUGUGGAAUCGUUGAAAUAUCGAUGGGAUUAUUUAAGCUUGGAUUCUUGGUCGACUUUAUCUCCACUCCGGUGACAUCGGGCUUUACAACUGCUACUUCCAUUAUUGUGGUUAUGUCACAAGUAAAAGGUAUUUUGGGCGUGAGAUUCAAAGGAGAUACAGUUAAAGACAUAUUGGAGAAACUGAUAGAGCACUUCCACGAGAGGAGAAGCGGUGACAUGAUUUUUGGACUAGGCGCUAUUGCUUUAAUUCUAUCUAUGAGGGUAAUACUAUGAAAUAAAAACCGGCUUCAAAGUUCAAAUAUUAUCGUCAUUAACUCAAUAACUCAUAACAUGACCGUCAUGACCCACAAGAAUAAUAUUUGUUUGGGGGACGAGGUGGCCGAGCGGUCUAAGGCGUCGGUUGCGGCGCUGCCGUCGCUGGUUCGAUUCCCGGCCACCGGGCGGCAUUUUUCUUCUGGCAAGU